AUGAAGUUCACAUUACCAAAAGACGCGUUUCCGCCCGUCACGUUGUCAGAAGAACAACGUGCUGCUUUUAUUGAGGAAGCAGACACCGUCGUGAAAGAAAUUGUAGCAGCAAAUGAUCGUUUCAUAGCCAAGGGAUCUAAGUUUGGAUACCCUGACUGGAAACUCAUUCGAUCAAAAGAGGGAGUGCAAGUGUAUCGACAACGAAAAAAAGCGAUUAAGCAGCGUCCACCUACUACACAAUUACCACCAGUACUUCAUCAUCCAUCACUGCCAAGAGAACAUGAAUUUUCUCGAUUUGGUAGUGUCAGUAGCUACAGCAGUGUCGAACUGGAAGUUGGAGGUCAAGCAUCCUCUUCGACUGCGUCUGGAAUUGCUGGAAACAGUAUAAUGGAAAAAAUGAGACCUCCUGGUGUAGCACUCAUAGCUUUGCAUGGUACGAUAUGUGGCACUGUUGAUGACUGUUUGUUUGGAAGUAUCGCAGCUACCGACGAAGCGUGGAUGUUGCGUAGCUCACACAUUAACGAUAGACUCGAUGAUGCUCGCCUUAUUGCGACAAUCAGAUCGCCAGUUCGGAAAGAUCCUUAUCGAUUCCUUGGGAUCAAAUGGUUUGCAAAAGAGCAUCCAAUUGUGCUCACGGGAAUUUUUCAUCAACGCGACUUUCUCAUUCUAGAAUCGACGGGCUUCACGCGUAACUCGAAAGGUGAAAGAGUUGGUUACAUGUUAAUGCACUCUAUAACUUUACGAGAUAUCCCAGAGCUCACUCAUUUGGGAAUCGUUCGUGGAGUUCUAAGUUUCUGCAAUAUUUUUCGUCAAGCAGGACCAGGUAAAGUCAACAUUUUCUGUCGUGCGUUCUUCAACUCUCGCGGUGAGAUGCCAAAUCGUCUCUCUGAUGCAAUUGCAGCGGAUGCUGUCAUUUGUACUACUGCUGUCGUCGAAUAUGCGCAAAUUAAAAAACUUCGAUGGCUUAUGAAACACGCAAGCAAAUCACCAGCUGAAGAUACGACACAGACGUUGCCUCAAAGUUGUGAGACUUGUGCUAAAAUUUUCGGUAAAUUUGCUUUACCGUUCUCCGAAUCGAGUGUAAUGUGUCAAGUUUGUCGAAAAAUGUUUUGUUCAAAAUGCAGCGUGAUGAAGAAGAUGACCGUGCAUGUCUCCGACUCGGGAUCGUUUCAACAGUGUUCGCUUAGGUUUUGUCUGUGCUGCAUACAGAUAGCAAAAGAAAAAGCGAGUUGGGAACUGUCUAUGAUUGCUCCCGAGUUUUUAUCGACUUCAAUCAGUUCGCUAAGAUCGUCGUCUUCUAUUACAACAUCGCAUCUAUCGACCACAUCGCUGUAG